AAAAUAGGCUUUCUGCUCCGUAAGAAGUUUAAUGCUAACUGACACACCCCUACUAAGGUUAUUCAAUGUUUGAUUUGUGCUCAAGAUGGCGGCUGGGUUAAGUGAAGAUGUCUUCCCUCCGCUAACGUUGCUGCUCAAGGCUCAGUCAAAAGAAUUUGUGCGCACCCUUUUCCACGAAGCUUUUAGUUACAGAAGUGAUGCAGUCUCAGUAUCUGUUCUCAAAAAUGUAGCAGCUUCCUUAGAUGCAGGACUUGAUGAAGCAAGAUUGUUAAUGGAGAGCCUUGUGGCAGUGGUCCGUGCAGCAUUGUUUGAAUGCCUUACAGACCCAAAAGCAGUAUAUGAUUUGUUUCCAGAGAACUUUCACAAGAAUCUUAGAGAACUUAUUUCCAAGAUUAUUGCUGAAAAUAUGCCCCUGUGGAGGACAAAUGCCAUUAACGAGCAAGUUUCAUUGCCAAAGCUGAUUGACUUUGAUUGGAGAGUGGAUGUCAAAACGUCUUCGAACGUCAUCAGCAGAAUGUCUAUGCCGACAUGUAUUAUGCAGCUACAGGUUCAAGAAAAUGCCACAGAACAGAAUUCAAUGCCGUCAGUGCGGCGUCUUAAUGUGGAACUGACUAAGGAGAAACUUGACACCAUGUUGGAUGGACUUGGGAAAAUACGAGAUCAACUCUCCUCGGUUUCAAAAUAAAUUUAGAUAACAAUUUUAUAGAUAACUGAAAUAGUUUUAAAAUAGAGAGAUUUAUUUUACAACGAGCGUUUUCCUGUCUUCGGGGAUGUCACGUGUUUGAAUUUCUCAUGGAGGCUUUGUUCUAAAGGGUUUCCUUCUGAAGUUAUUUCUAAGAUUACGUGUGAUUUUGGAACUCGUGAGAGGAUCAGUACAUGGAUAAUCCUGCAGUGCAAAGUUUUCCUAUGGGGAAGAACUCAUGCGAUGUCUGUGUAAUCCCCACGAUGAUUUGGAGAAAAAUUCGUAGUGUAUGGAUGAUAAUUCUACAUAAUUCCAAUAUAUAGUGACUAAAGGAUAUUGUUUCUCAGCUCGACCCGCCCUCGCCAUUGUUCGAAUAUGGCAUAUUUCCGGCAACCUGUUUGUUUUUAUUAAACCAGAUUUUGUUGCGUUCAAGUAAAUAUCAAUACGUCUCUAGAAACCAACAGGCUCUAGAACUUCCCAGCCCAGACAGUGGCACAUUACAAAUGAGGAAGAUGAAGGUUUAAAUUCGUAGCAGCCGAGCAGAGUUUAUCUAUCUUCACACUAGUACUUAGAGCAAACUAAACAUGUUUGUAGAUGAAAAUGUUAAAAUGUUUCUAACUGGUAUAACUGUUUGUAAUACUAUCUCGCCUACAUUGUGCAGAGCAAUCGUUUGCGAUCUUCCUUUUGAUCCAACGGACAUAAUGUGCAUGCAGUUACUAUGUAGUGACUAUACACUGGGUUUACAUCACUCAAUCGAAAAGUACUCUAUCAGAAUCUCAAAUAUUUUGAAAAUGUCCAGCUCUUUCUGACCUUGGUAAAUGUCACUUCUAGAUAAAUGUUUAUCCUUUUUGUUUGCUUA